GUUGGCACCUCAUGUUUAAAACCACCAAACAUUCAAAUUCGAAUCACAAUAACGUAGUUCGCCAAGCACUGACGGAAAAAAUUAUUUCAUUGCUAUUAUAAAUCAGAUUUACAGCUACAAUCAUGCAUUUUAUAAGAACUUUACUGUCUAGUGGUCCAAAGGUGAGCAAAGAUCACCCUACAGACAAUGUUUCUGAGGACCUCAGCGAUGUGGCCCUUGACAAGCCCGUAGAACGUUUUCAACACUUCCUACGACAUCUUCGAAUCUAUACCUUGGGCACAGCAAAUGAAGAAAUCACUCGUCCUGUUAUCUCUUCCUACGAUAUUUUCUGGAUCCUAGUAAAUCUUCAUAUAAACAUUCGAUUUAUAACUCAAUACAUUGACUUGUGCUUGGAAUGGGGUGGCCUACUGGUGUGGAUUAUAUUCACUCUGACGAACAUCACAAUGUGCACCUGGCUGGGAGUAAUUUUUUCCUUUCUUGGAUCCUAUGGUGAUCGUUCAUACCUUACCAUCUGGGACAUGAUGCCCAUUUUUUCGGGUGUUUCUAUUGGUAUCACCGUGUUUGAAACCUUUAAAAUGAUAGAAACCGGUUUAAUACUAUCAAGUGGCUUCAUGUCAUUCCAAAACUAUAUCUAUUUGAACGAAAGUAAAAUGGUUGCCGCGGUACCGACAUGUAACAAGACAAAGUUCAGUUUUGAACCUGCCGUUGGUGUACCAUAUGGAUUAUCUAAGGUAUUUACUGAUCAAGGAAACGCACAAUACGCGAAUAUUCUGAAUUGGACUUUAGAUAAUGACCGUGUAGACUGUGCAAUAUGGGUAUACUUGUGUGUGGCCCUCGUCCGGCUAUUUCAAUUCAAAAGAUAUAGGUAUUAUCCACUACGUGCUAACAUUGUUAUGCUUUUGGUUGUGCUUUGCUUCACGAUUUUGAUGAAUAGUAUGAUCCAUCCGAAUCCCGUUGGAGAGCUUUUGCAUUUUCACACCAACCAGUUCACCAGUAUACGGCCAUAUUUACAAGUCAUUGUUUUCUCCGUGAGUGAAUACUUACCAAUGCAUUGGGUAACGCUGGGAUAUCUGUGUCCAAAACAAGCCAUACUGAGUCAAAUCUGGACCAUUGCAGCUUAUAAGAUUGCUACAGCAUUUUUUCUCCUUUAUUGGAUUCCAUAUGUUGCUGGUGAUCUUCAAGUUUUCGCCAAAGUGAACGACCCUGCAUGUCUGCAAUUUUUUGGAAUUCAUUUUCUUUUCGUCAUGAUCCCAAUCACGCUUCGACGAAGCGCCAUGGUGGUCGGAUCUACAUUUUAUCUCCUCUACUUCUAUUUGAUAAUGAUGCAUGGUAUUACAAAUAUUCUACUCACCGUGGACUUGUUUGAGUUUUCGUUUAUGACAUCCCAACGAAUUUUGUAUCGAUACAGGAACCUCAUCUACGUAGUGCUUAUUAUUAUAUUAUUUUUUUUCACCUAUCCCUUCUGCACAGUAUCGACACAUUAUUUUUUGUUCUAUUUGAACGCAAAGGCACACUUUCAUACGAUCAUGACAUUUCUAACGUUAAGUACGUUUGCUUUGGCGAUCUACGGCUUGGAAAGACUCAACGGGGAUUACUUAUUUAUGAAAGGCACUUUGUAUCCGCAAACCAACGCUCUGAAGAUUCUAUUUCUCAUCAAUUUUGCGUUGGUGCUGCUUUUUAUAAAUCAGCUUAACCACCACGAUUAUCGCACAGAACACGACAAUCAAAUCUAUUGGGGUGCUGUGGGACUCUGCUUGGGCCCUUUAGUCAUUGGAUUUUGGACCUCUUGGGCAGGCAAAGGCAAAUACCGUGGUGGAUUUCAACCCAAGAACAGAUGGGGUAUGCCAUCAGCACUAUGGCGGAACCAACGAAGAAGAAAGACAUUACAUACAAUGUACGCAUACCGAAUGAAAAGGGAUUGUCAACACAAUUGUCUUAUUGAGAAUCCGAUUCUGAAAAUGAAGGUUAAACAAAGUCUGAACGACCAAGAGGCCAUUUUGGGAAUAAAGAAGAUAUUUAAAUUAAAAUUAGCAAUGGAUAAAACUUCGGAAGAUUCCUUUAUAAUUAGUGAAAAUGAUUCGCGGCUAAUGCGAGACUAAAUAUUCGAAAUAUUAUCACCACGCAGAAGUUUUCCUUUGGAAUGAUUCAUAUAAACUCAAGAUAUCAUGAUCAUGAAUUAUUC